AUGGAAGUUGAGGAGAAGUGGGAAGCAAACGAGAAAUUGCUCUGCCACCCUCGGGCGAUUCUUACGCCUGUGCCCAGAGGUGAUGAUGCUGCGGGGCGGGAGCGGGACCGGGAGCACCGGCAGCCACGGGACAGGCGCCGCUUCCCCGCGGCCGCCCCGCGGACUCCAUUUCCCGUCAGCGCCCGCGCCUCGCUGUCGCGCAAAGCCGCCGGCGGCAGCCGCGGUGCCUGCCGGGAGUCCCGGGCAGCCGCGGCGGAGCGGGACGAGCCCCGGGCAGCCGGGAGCGACCGGGCUGGGCCCCGUUCUGCGGCGGGGAGUCCCGGGGGAGGCGGCCCCGGCGCUGGCAGCGGGGCCCUGUGGGCGGUGGUGGAAGCGGCCAGCGCCGGCGCCUCAGUUCUCUGCCUGUGUGAGAAGGGAGAUGCCAAGGUCACGGAAGAGACAGGCAAGAUCUCCAAGAAGGAAAAGGAAAUGAAAACAGGCUACCUGCUGCUUUGGGGCUUCAUGGCCUUGGGUGUGUGCUCCAGGAACGGCCCAGUGGAGAACCAGCGCAGCAUCUGUCGCCUCUGCUGGGGCCUGCAGCUCCUGCUCACGGCUCAGGCAUCCAGCUCCAUUCUCCCAGGGCCAGUGGGCACCAGCGUGCUCAUCGGGAUACCUCUGGCAAUAGGGUUUCCUCACGGGUGCCGCUGGGACGAGGGGCAGAAGGUGCUCAAGGGAGUGGAUGCUGUGCCUGUGUGGGUGGGAGAGGGAGGGGCUGCAGAGUUGAGGCUGGUGGAUGGUGGCAGCCGCUGCGCUGGGAGAGUGGAGGUGGAACACAAGGGACAGUGGGGCACUGUCUGUAGUGUCAACUGGGACUUGAAAGAUGCUGCAGUGGUUUGCAAGCAGCUGGGAUGUGGAUCUGCUGUUCGAGCUUUUUGGAAUGCACAUUUUGGACAAGGAUCUGGCCCCAUUUGGUUGGUUGAUGUUCAGUGUCGUGGCUCCGAGUCUGCCCUGUCCAACUGUACACACAGCGGAUGGGGUGAGAACAACUGUGGUCACAGCUGGGAUGCUGGAGUGAGCUGUUCAGGGUUUGUCCGGCUGGUUGGAGGGGACAAUGACUGCUCAGGACACGUGGAGAUCCGUAAGGGGAAUAAGUGGAGAAGUGUCUGUGCCUCAGCCUUUGGUGCCAGAGCUGCUGCUGUGGUCUGCAGGGAGCUGCAGUGUGGGGCAGCCCUGAACAUCCGAGGGGCAGCUCGUGAUGGAACCAGCGCCGGUGCCAUGUGGGACAAAGAGCUGCAGUGUGCAGGGAAUGAACCCUUCCUCCAGUUGUGCCCCAGGGAGACCCCCAGAGACCAUCUCUGCACCCCCAGAGCUGCUACUUGGCUCAGCUGCACACGGUUUGCAGGGUUCAGGCUGGUGAACGGCAGCACGGCGUGCGAGGGGAGGGUGGAGCUGCACGUGCAGGGGACCUGGGGCAGCCUCUGUGCCUCCCGCUGGCACCUCUCCGACGCCCACGUCCUCUGUGGUCACCUGGGCUGUGGCUUUGCCGUGUCCCUUCCCAGAGGAGGGAGUUUUGGGAGAGGAACGGGCCCCGUCUGGAGAGACUCGUUCCACUGCAGUGGGACUGAAGCCCACCUGGGACAGUGCCCAGUGACCGUGCUGGGGGCCUCCCCAUGUUCCCAUGAGGAUGCUGCUGCUGUCGUCUGCUCAGGCCCCGCUGGCUCCGGGUCCCUGCGGCUGGUGGGGGGAGGGAGCCGGUGCGCCGGGCGAGUGGAGAUCUUCCAGCGCGGGACGUGGGGCAGAGUCCUGUCUGAGCAGUGGGCCGUGGCGGAGGCCCGUGUGGCGUGUCGGCAGCUGCGGUGCGGAGAGGCAGAGACGGCCUACAACCCGCCCAAGGCCGAGCGAGGGCCGGGCCCCGUGGGGCUGCGAGGGGUGCGGUGCCAGGGGCACGAGGCCCAGCUGAGCCUCUGCAGCACCUCCCCGACUGAGGCCGCGCCGGCGGCCGGCAUCGCCGAGGACGUGGGGGUGGUUUGUGAGGGGAGCCGGCGCGUGCGGCUGGCGAACGGGCCCGGGCGCUGCGCCGGGAGAGUGGAGAUCUACUCCCAGGGCAGCUGGGGCAGCGUCUGCGACGACGGCUGGGACCUGCCCGAUGCCGCCGUCGUGUGCCGGCAGCUGGGCUGCGGAGGGGCCGUGCGGGCGCCGGGCUCUGCCGCCUUUGGGGAGGGCUCCGGGCACAUCUGGCUGGACGGCGUCAACUGCUCCGGGGCCGAAGCCGCUCUCUGGGACUGCCCGGCCGGGCCCUGGGGGCGGCACGACUGCGGGCACAAAGAGGACGCCGGAGCCGUCUGCUCAGAGUUCACGGCCCUGAGGCUGGAGAACAGCGACGGCUGCUCCGGGCGCCUGCAAGUUUUCUACAACGGGACUUGGGGCAGCGUUUGCUCCAACUCCAUGACCCCCAAAACUGUGUCACUGGCGUGCGAGGAGCUGGGCUGCGGGAAGGAAGGGACCCUGGAGAUACAAUGGCCACGGGGCAGAGUGUCUGGCCCCGCCUGGCUGGACCAUGUGGAGUGUGAGGAGAGACACGGCUCCUUCUGGCUAUGUCCCUCCGAUCCCUGGAACCCGCGGUCGUGCGACGAGCUGCGAGAUGUGACCCACAUCACCUGCCGUGGGACACGGCCCGAAAUGACCCCAACCCCGGGCUCCCCGUGCCCCAACGCCACGAGCUGCACAGACAGGGACAGGAUCCGCGCCGUGGGAGGAGAGGACGGCUGCUCGGGCCGGGUGGAGCUGUGGCACCGCGGCUCCUGGGGGACGGUGUGCGACGACACGUGGGACGUGCGGGAUGCCGAGGUGGCCUGCAGGCAGCUGGGCUGUGGGCCCGCCGUGGCUGCCCUGCCCGAGGCUGCCUUUGGGGAGGGCACGGGCCCCAUCUGGCUGGAGCAGGUGGGGUGUCGGGGCACAGAGGCGGCUCUGCAGCACUGCUGGGCCUGGCCCGGGGACCGCGGGCUCUGCCGGCACAAGGAGGACGCGGCCGUGCGCUGCGCGGCUGCGCCCAGGACAGCAGCACUGACCCCUCGAGCAGAUCCCACUCGGGGCCACCCGACCAGCAGCAGAAGUGUCUCAUUGCCCAUCAUCAUGUGCAUGAUCCUGGGAGCCCUUGUCUGCCUGCUGCUGGUCCUCCUGGCCUGGAGAGUGCUCAGCGCCAGGGCUGAGCGCAGAGGCUCCCAGACAGCCCUGGAGCCCUUCCCUGAGGCCGUGUACCAGGAGAUCAGUUACAGCCCAGUGUGGGAGGAGCAGGCGAGAUUUAACCCAUCAGGCUCCUAUUCGGAGGGGUCCCUGACCAAGCUGCAGCCCCAUCACAUGGACAGCGAGGAGGAAGAUGGUCUGGGCUGCCCCGUACUUUUGGUGGUCGGUGAGAACUUCUCUGACGAGGACGCCGUGAUGGCAGACGGGGGCAGCCAACCCCAACUCACCCAGCCAGCCAAGCUGACCAAGGCCUUCAAUGGCCGCGUCCACCAUGACUCGCUUGUCCCGGUCCCGAACCGCUUCGGUCGCCAGUUCCGGCUCGGCCGAAGGCGAACGGGGCCGGAGCCGAACCCUGUCCCGCGGCAGCGUCGGGGGAGCACCCGGGAGCCCUUGAUCCGCCCCUUCCCCGAAUGGACGUGCGGCCUACCCAGACUCCGACCUUUGGCACUGGGAGGCAACUGGGAGGCAACUGGGAGCGGCUCCUGCUUCUGA